CAUUUCUCUCCCUCUCUCUCUCUAAAAGCAGAACGAUGUGUCGUUCGGAGCAGGCCUUGGAAGCCACCUCUGUCGUCGUUGAUUCCAAAUUCACCGCCCGGCCCGUCCUUCAACCUACCGGCAACCGUGUCCUCGACCGCCGUAAUUCCCUCAAAAAACCCCCUUCCGCCGCCGUCUCCCCUACCUCCCCCAAGUCCAAAUCGCCGCGUCCUCCGGCCACCAAGCGAGCUAAUGACACUAACCCCAUGAACUCCAGCUCUGACAAGAUUCUAAUUCCGGCCGCUGCUCUGUCUCGCCCCAAGGCUGCCUUGGAUAGGAAGAAAUCAAAAAGCUUCAAAUUGGCUGGAAAUGGGAAUGUUGUGAUUUGUGAUAAUGUUGCAGGUGGUGGUGGAUUUGAGGUUGCGUCCUUGAGCUACGCUUCUUCGUUGAUUACUGACUCGCCGGGAAGUAUCGCCGCCGUGAGAAGAGAGCAGGUGGCUCUGCAACAGGCGCAGAGGAAGAUGAGAAUUGCCCAUUAUGGAAGAUCUAAAUCUGCCCGGUUUGAUAAAGUUGUUCCUAUUGAUUCUAAAAUUAAACCCGCCGUUGAAGAUCGGAGAUGCAGCUUCAUCACUCCCAAUUCAGAUCCCAUUUAUGUUGCUUACCAUGAUGAAGAAUGGGGCGUCCCUGUUCAUGAUGACAAAAUGCUGUUUGAAUUGCUGGUUCUAAGCGUGGCCCAGGUGGGUUCGGAUUGGACUUCAAUUUUGAAGAAACGCCAAGAUUUCAGAAAUGCAUUUUCAAGUUUCGUUGCAGAAACGGUGGCCAUUUUUUCCGACAAACAGAUGCUAUCAAUCAGCUCGGAAUACGGCAUAGACAUUAACAGAGUCCGAGGAGUCGUCGACAACGCUAUCCGAAUCCUCGAGAUUAAGAAGGAGUUUCGAUCAUUCGACAAAUACAUUUGGGGGUUUGUGAACAACAAGCCGUUUUCACCGCAGUACAAAUCCGGCCACAAAAUUCCGGUGAAGACAUCAAAAUCAGAGACCAUAAGCAAAGACAUGAUCAGACGAGGUUUCCGGUCGGUCGGACCAACCGUCCUCCAUUCCUUCAUGCAAGCCGCCGGUCUGACCAACGACCAUCUGACCAGCUGCCACAGGCAUCUCCACUGCUCCAUAACCGCCGCCGACCGUCGCGCUCCGGCGGUGGUAGUGGAGGAGACAACGACGGCGUCUGAAACUGUGUAGAAUUGAUUCGAGAAUUUAAUUAACAAGACAAAAAGAGAAAGUGGUAACCUUUACGAGGAGUCAGUCGAUCAACGAUGAUUUGCUUGCUAAUUAACUAGAUAACCUUUUUUUUGUUUUUGUUUUUUUGUGGGGUUUGUGUAUAUUAAUGUCUAUAUAUAAAUAGACUUGUAAGUGAGAGAGAACAAAAAA